CUAAUUUUAAAAUGUCUCUAAAUUCCUGAACUUCACACGUGGGAAGUCCAGUGACCUGGGGUAGCUCUUGGGAAUUAGUAAUCCGAUACAGAAUCUUUCCCCUUUGUGUCACCUGUUACAAUUUGGCUUCCCUUUGCUGGGACUGAAAAUCAUUACCAGCUGACAGCUCUGUGAAGCCUGAUGUCUGCAACCAAAGCGACGUGUAGAAUGUUGCUGACGCCGGGCAGGAAGAGGAAGUGCCUAUUUUGAUUAACUGAAUAGCCAUGGAGUGGAAAAAGAUCUAUUUGCGAACACAGCAGACUGACUAGUACUUAGAACGAAAAGAGAGUGGAUCCAGACGAAACCAGGAUCUCCCGGAUCACACCAUUCACACGGCAGCAGAUUUUGGAAACCACAUUGACUCUUUUGGCUGCACUCAAGUGAUAUCAACUAAGAGGACCCUAUCAGGCUUGAAGUGCAUUGCCACAGUGAAGCUACUUCCGCUUCUAUUGAAAACACCAUCUCACGAUGAAACUCAAACCCAAUUGUCACUAUGGAAACCACAGUAAAGAUAGGGAUACAGUUUCAAAACGAAAACUCUGCCUGGAACUGGGAGACAGGUUGGCUGCUCGUGAUUUCCUCAGUGAUAUCCUGGUCUGUGGGGUCAACGCUUCACUUGGUCAUAAAGGGGAGGCUUGUGUCCCCUGGACACUUUCUGCCUUCGCUGUCAGCCCUUGACUGUUUCUGAGCCCCUUCCCUAGGCCCGUAUUCAUCCGAGCCACUUGUCUCCAGCAAGUUUGAAGGUCGUGAGGUGGAUCUCCACAUUCUUGUGAACAACUGAGCAGGGGACUUGAUUUAAAUCUGUGCAUCGCCAAGGGCAAGGGGCCGAGAACAUGGAUAGAGAGAAGUUUCGGCAGAAGGCUCUGAAGCAAACUAAGCAGAAGAAAUCCAAGUCGGCUGAAUUUCUGAUGGUUAAAGAAGAUAGAGAGGCUACGGAAGGCAUCGGGAACCCAGCUUUUAACGUGAGCAGCCCGGAUCUCUUAGCACAUCAGACUUCAGACAGGAAAGUUAUUAGACGUGACACGCUGGAUCGUACCCUUGCAGCUCACCAACAAAAAUGCAGGCUGCUGGCCUCUGCUGAACCAAAAGGAAAUGAAUACAGCAGAAAUUACUUUGACCCACUGAUGGAUGAGGAAAUAAACCCAAGGCAGUGUGGGAUGGAGGUCAGCAGAGAGGCACCCCUGCAAGUUGAUACUAGAAUUCUCAAUGAUCGAUUAAUGAAGCUGUUUGAGGAGAGAGGACAAAGAGAAGCCCAAGAUGGGAGCCGCCAGGAGGAGAUUUUGGAUUCUGAAGAGACAGUGAAUUCCAGAAAGAGACCGGAAUCCCACAAAGAGGGCAGCGAGGCAUCUGAAGGAUAUGUUCCGAAAAAUACAAUUCUGCUUGGAAGUUCUUCUUUGGAACAGGACCUGAAAUGUGGAGGGGAAGGACUCAGUCAGUACAUUCCUAUGUCAUGUUUAAACACUGACAAAACAUUUGGCAAAGUGCCAAGUCAACCAUUAAUUGCACAUCGAGAUGUCUGGAAAGAAAACAGGCCGGCCGAGCUCUGUACUCUCACAGACGUAACUCACGAAUCAAAGGCAGCAGCAGCAGGACCUUGCUGGAAGGUUGAGCGCAGCCAGGCGCCUCAGCAUCUUCAAGUACGGAUGAAAUGUGCAAGAGGCCUCAAGAACAAGGCUCCCCGAGGCUCCUACAGCCUCAGGGUGUCCCUGCUUGGUCGACCAGGUGGCUGUGUCUUCCAGUGGCAGCAAACGGAGCAGCUGAAGACCAGAACACACCCAGUGAGGCAUGAUGGAAAUUUUUAUGAUCUGGGGCUCUAUUUCCACGAAAGCCUUUAUGUGUCGGGUUUGGUAUCCAAGCACCGUGUAACUGUAGGCUUCUGCCCUGCUCCCUCGCCCUGCCUGAAGAUGUCUGGGCCACUGGAGAUAUCCCUUUGGCUCUCACCCUGGGCCCAAUUACUCACAUGUGGCCGAGCACUGGAUACAAGUGCUAAGGUUGAGAAUUGGUCGAUGAUGAGGACUCGUUCUGUGUCUGGGGCUCCUAUGUGUUCGAAAGUCCAGAAAAUUGAAGAAUACUUUACCGAUAUGCAUUUUCAUCAUUUUGACUUGUUUGGGGCACGUGAAGACUACAAAGAUGAGUGGCAGGCAAGUAAAACGAUGAUGGUGACAACUGAUAGAAAUAGUUAUACUAUAGAAGCAGCAGCUCAAGCAAAAGGAACUGGAAGUUCAGUAUACCGUGCACUCCCUCCGAAGAAAGAUGUGAAACCUGGCAUGGCGUUCUUGUUUGAACUCUGUCUCCUUCGUGGGAAAUAUACUUCUUUUGACUGGGUUGUGGGCUGGGCAGCCUUCCCUGUGUGUGAUAACAACUUCGAUGUAGUGGACGGGAAAUUCAAGUGUCCCCUUCUCCGAGGUCAUUAUGACCAGAAAUUUGACAGCUUCAGGAAAAUGGAAGAUUUGAUGUGCCGGGACUUGGACCACUGGCUGUGCAAUCUCUACUUUCAGGUUAUUAAACUUCCUCUGUGUUUGGAUGAUCAAACAACCUAUGAAAGGCAGACUCAGCUUCCUCCCGAAUUUCCAGUUUCUUUAAUGGCUGGAGCAGAGACAGCAGAAUCAGGCGUGGAGAAUACGGCUGGCCUUUCAGAGAAACAAACAGAAGAAAACAUUUGUUCAUCCCUGGAUGGAAGCAUUUCUAAUAAAUUUGGUCCCUGCCCUAUGGACUGUGAUCUCAAUCUCUUAAAAGAAGACCGUGAAUUACACAAGAAGAGAGAAAGCCUGAUAAAUCACUCAGUGAAGGAAAAAUCAGCUGCUUGGAGAACUGGAGAACUUGAGGAUUAUUCAGAGGAUGUAUCUUACUUGGAGGAACUGGAGAAACACAGAUUUUCAGUUUGGUGUUCCUCGGUUGCUGAUGGUACUGGAUCUAGAGAAUUCUUCAAGCACCUUCAUUUCGGGAUGGUGUCGGCGUUCUCGGAGCUUCAAUUCGCUGAGUGGCGAAGCCAGGGCUUCUGGUACAUCAUCCUACUGAUGGCAUCUCUCUGGUUCCUGAGGCUCUACCUCCAUUACCUUAGCCAGUGGCUUUUCCUCCAGGCCAUUUCAAUUCCUGUUACAAAAUUCCAUUUUUCCCCUUUCACGGUUGAGCUUUGCUACCCAUCUUCCUCACUUGCCAUCAAAGAAGAGUUGCUCGUAGUUGUGGUGGGUCCUUUAAUGCUGAAUGCAGUGAUACUUCCUUUGGUUCUGAUCAGAUGGGGCUGUCAGCUACUGUUUGCCUCCUGCCCUGAUGUCUUGUCAAAAUUAAUCAUUACCAUGGGACUAUGGACAGUUCUAGACCCAUUGGCCGUGUUUAUAGUGGAUACUGUCCUCGGGCGGCUUACACAGAAUGGGGAGACUCCCGUAGCUGACGCAGCAAAGCUGUACUGGGUGUUUGUAAGAACCACGCAGUCGGGAAUUCUCGGUGUCAUGCUCACAGUGCUAAUUUACAUCCUCCUGUUCAUCAUUUCUUCUUUGAUUUUAUAUUUGUACUGUCUCAGAUUGCACAAUGAUUCUUGGAUAUUGGAUGUAUUUCAACGCAUCCAUAGUGAAGAAACCAAGUUUUUCAUACCGUAUGAUUUGGAGAUUUCCAAUCAGGAGCUCAGUUACAUAGUGAAAAGGUCUGAGCAGUGGAGAGGAAUCAACGGUGACAGAAGGAAGACCAGCAAUUCUUUGCUAACUGCUUUAUCUUCAGUCUCACGCUGCACUUGCCACAUCACCAUACCGGCCAUGAAUUUAUUCUCUAGAACGUUUCCAAAGUGCAAAUCUGACCCUGCAUUUCCCUGUCAUAAACCCAUUGCCUGAAGAAUAAAAGCCAAAAUUCAUACUAUUGUGUUUUUGACAUUUGAUAUGAUUCUCCAGUGAUGUCUCUUGUAUCCACAUUCCUCCCCUCCGGCCAUCCGGCCAUCCUCUUGCCUAAUGCUUCUUACUAAAAUAUCAUUAGUCCGUACAAAAAUAAGGAUAACUUGCUACAUAUGUUAUACUCUUUUAUAUUACCCUCCAUUCCUCUGUCUUUGCAGAAGCGUCCUCCCAGCUCCUCAGAUACGACCUGGCAAACUAUUUCUUCUUCCAGGCUGAGCUUGAGUGUUGCUUCUAUGGGGUGUCCCCAGAGAGGACCGACUCCUUUUUGCCAAAACCUGGUUUACCUGACCCUUCUAACACACAAAUUAACAAUUAUCUGCCUGUGUUUCCCUCUUCUUUUUUAAACUAAGAUCUUGUGUGAUAGAGUGUCUUCUCCAUUUUGUGUUCUUGAUCUUUAAUAAUGUCUGCAGAACACAGUACAUUUUUGCUAUCUAUUCAUUUAGUACGUAAAUGAAUGCAUGCAUGAAUGAUUGAAUAAUUGAACAUAUUUAAUUUGUCCAUAUAAUGAACAUAUAAUCUACCUCAUUCCAUUCUAUGUCUGAUAGAAACCUAAACAUUAGCUUUAAAAAAAUUCCACAUAGAUUUACUAUUAAUAUAUGCAAUAUGUUUUGAAUUCUGUUAAGUUGACAGAUAAAUAUAACAUUCCAGCAGACAUUUUGAUGACCACUGUCUCUGACUUGAAAUAAAACGCAUUUCACUUUACCACAUUCAUCCGGGUUUCUUCUUCAAAAAUCCUUGGCAACAGCAUAAUUUUUAAAAGGCCCAAAUCAUUGUGGCACCCUGCUGGCUCUGUUGAUAGAGCAUGCAAUUCUGGAUCUCAGGGUUGUGAGUUUGAGCCCCACGUUGGGUGUAGAGAUUACUUAAAAAAUAAACAGAAUUUAAAAAGGCUCAAAUUGUUUAAAUAAUCCCAAAAGUUAAGCAAAGAGCACUUUCUUUGUAGGAUAACGUCAAAAUGACUGGGGUAGGUAGAGUAUAUUUAUUUCACUGUUUUUUUUCACAACAUGGAAGUUUAGGAAUUUGGAAGCAACCCAAAGUUGAGUACCAAAAUGAUUUCAGUUGAACAACAGGGGGAGAGGAGUGGGGAUAAAAAGUGGGAGAAAAAAUGAAUGUUUAGGUGCUAGAAGGAAAAUUAAUGGAGAUUGUGAAAUUCCUUAAUUCUUUAAAAUUAAUAUUUAUCCCCUUCUUGGGGCGCCUGGGUGGCGCAGUCGGUUA